CUCAUGAGAAGGGCAAAUGUCCUGAGCACGCAUUAACAAAAAGAAGAGGAAAAGUUGAGGUCAAGUACAUAGAAGAUAAGAAUAAACGAAAUCAGACUCGCAGCACACGCAAGACUGGACUGUUUAAAAAGGCACUUGAGUAUGCUACCAUGACAGGAGACAGUACCAGACUGGAGAUAAGGGAUGAAUACUUUGACUCAUAUGAAGAAGGGCUGGUGUCAGACCAAUCAAACGCCGAUGUUGUCAUUACAGAGAAUCAGCCGCCGGAAGAUAACAAUAAAUCGGCAGGAUGUUCCAAUGUCGCGAUGUCACCAAAGGCGGUAAAGGCAGCAAAGGACCACAUUAUUACAACAGAUUCAGAAAUCCAGUGCAGUUUGAUAGAUACAGUUGGUAACAAUUUUGGAAAUGAACGCUUUUGCAGGGUAUGUGGAAGAGAUUAUGAGGCUGACACCAGACAAGAGCAGAAACUUUGGAUAGGCUGCACGCAAGAUGAUUGUGAUUACUGGCUACACGUAAAGUGUUUGCUUGGUAAAAGCAAAAAGAUUACACCUAAGUUUUGUCAGUGCAUGCCUUAUCUCUGUCCUUUCCACCGUGAUUAAAUUGAAGUUAUUCGUAAAUUGUAAUUUAUUCUUUACCUAGGGUAGCAUUUCUGUUUGUGAUGUCUUGCAAAUACUGCACGACUUCUCUGUAAAAUGUCAGCAAUAUAUUUUUCUUUCCA